AUGAGGGUCUACUACCUUCUCUUUGCAUUGUUCUUCUUGUUCUUGCUGCCUGUUCCAGGCAGUGGAGGAAUCAUAAAUAUAUUACAAAAGUAUUAUUGCAAAAUAAGAGGCGGCCGGUGUGCUCUGUUUGGCUGCCUUCCAAGGGAGAUACCCUUAGGCCGUUGUUCCCAAAGUGGUCGAAAAUGCUGCCGAUGGAAGAAAUGA